UUGAAACGAACACAAAUGAAUUAAAUGUAAUUUUGUUAGUUCUGAUAUUUUUAGUGCAUUUACAGUUAGGUACAUUAGCAGUGAAUGGCCGUGGUUCACGAGGGACAAGGUCGAAUGUCAUCAUCAUGUGACAGCAGUUUGAGCGGCGCCUGCUGGGAAGCCAAGACUCCUCGGGGCGGGCGGCAGAACGGACGAGGCGUCAUCCAGGACUGGCGAUCAGCUGAGGAUUACAGAGGAUCAAGUGACAGCCUUAGUCAGAGAGAGUGACCAUGGACGGUAUGACGUCCUACCAGAGCGGAGGUGUCCGUAAUGGGGACCUCCACAAGUAUUCCCACUCCAUAGGCUCCAAUAUACAGAAGAUCUCACAAAAUGUCAAAUCUAUGCAGCAGUUAGUGAACCAGCUGGGGACGGACCAGGACAAUCAGCAGCUGCGAGCACAGUUGCAUCAGGUUCAACACUACACUGGAGGUUUGGCCAAGGAUACAACAGUGGAAUUAAGGACAUUUAAGUCCUUACCGGUACCACCUGGUCAAGACAGUCGAACAUGGCAUAUGCAGGCAGAACGGCUUACACGAGAAUUCUCACAGGCUUUGAAUGAUUUUCAAACUGCACAGCGUCAAGCAGCAUCCAAAGAAAAGGAAGCCCUCAAGAAAGCACGAGCAGACUCAGACGCUCAUUACUUUGAGGAUGGAAGGCACGGAGCAGCACUUCUGGAUCUUGGUGACUCUGAGAACAAGGGUCGGUCUCAGCAGUCACAAAUGCAGAUUCAGAUGGAGCAGGAGCAGGAGAUGCAGGCACUGCAGGAGCGAGAGUCACAGAUAAGACAACUGGAGUCGGACAUUAUGGAUGUCAACCAGAUCUUCAAAGACUUAGCAACAAUGGUUCAUGAGCAAGGUGAAGUUGUUGAUUCCAUUGAGGCUAAUGUAGAGUCUGCCCAGGUACAUGUGUCCCAGGCCUCCACACAGCUCACCCAGGCAAGGCAGUAUCAGAACAAAGCACGUAGAAAGAAGCUGUGUCUCAUUGGCAUUGGUUUAGUGGUACUGACAGUUAUUAUAAUAAUAAUUGUUCUAUCAUCAAAAAAUUAAGGAAAAAUCAAGACAGAAGGUGGUUGUCCUGACACUUAUCUGUCUUUCAAUUGCCUUGGUGAUUGGCCUCAUUAUUUGGGCUAGUGGGAAAUGGUAGUGGUCCCUCAGCCAGCCAGCCAGCCAGCCAGCAGACCAAGAUGCAGGUUUGGUCAAUUCAACUGUGAACUUUCAAAUAUUAUAUUUAUAUUUUUUUGUUGUUGUUUGUUAUAUCUUUAGAAUGACUGUUACUUGUAAGAAAGUUCCUAUUAUUAUUUUUCCAUUAUUAUUUAUUAUAUUUUAUUGCAUAGGUGGCAGAUUCAGGCAAGUCACUUACUUGAUAAAUAUUAUAGUAGUGAUAUAUGAUUUAAUAGCCUUAAUUUAGCUGCCUUGAUUUUGAUGUUUAUAGGUAAUAUAUAUAUAUAUAUAUAUACAUAUAUAUAGGAAAAAUAUAUGUUAAUAAAUGAAUAUACAAACAAGUCAUUUAGUUUUGUAUUGAAAAGAUUGCCACCACAGAUCCUCUGCCAAAGCAGCACCAAAUUGUUGCUUUCAUGAAAUAUUUCACCACUUGGUUUUACACUAAACCAAUAAUUUAAUUUAAUAUUCCAUGACUGCAAUUACUAUUCUUUUAGUAGUUUUGAUAAAACUUUCCAUUUGAUUUGAUCAAGCUUGUAUUACUUGUAUAUUUAUCAUGAAAGGAAUUUUUAUACGAUUAGUGAAGUAAAAGUAACAAUAUGAGAAAAUUAGUUGGAACACAGAUGGCAUGAAGGUGAAGUAUGUAGUCUGUGAGGACAUGUGCUCAGAUAUUCCUCUUCAUUCAUUUAUUAUAUAAAGCCAUUAUGUCAUACAGUAUGUGUGCAUUUGUUAUACAGAAAUAUUGUAAGUAUUUGUAUGUACUUAUCACUCCACAGCUUUGAGGAUUUAACUCUGCAUUAGCAUUGCUAGAGCUCUGUUGCCUUCUCUCACCACACCUAUUCAUUAGAUUCUUCAAUUCAUAGAUAUUGUUUGUAAUAGUAAAACUGCAAGACAUACGAGAGCAGUGGUUAGGUUGGAUCAGAGCACAGCCUUACUAAGUGAAUAUUGGGAAGGAUUAAAGAUAUCUUCUGAAUUACUACUGUCUUUAUGUAAUUGAUGGGUGUGCUACAGACACCAGAGAUGUUUAAGUGAACCAAGUAUCCUAAGUAGAACAAAAUAUAAAAUGACAAGGGAAAAAUAUCUUGCUCUUUUCAGAAUGAUAUGGUGAAUGUUGAGCUCUGUGAUAGUUAAAUUAUUGCUACCAGUGAACUAUUUUGUUCACAAAGAAAACAAAGGGAUUAAUUCAAAAUAUUUGUAUUAGAUAUUGUUUAUUAGGGAUAAUUUCAUAAUACCAAGGAAUUGUGUAGUGUUAUUUGAUAUGCUGGCACACAUCAUAUGUAGCUUAGCCAUAAUGAUGUGAAUAAAAGAAUCAAGAGACCUAGCCCAACUACAUCAAAGUUUGUUUAAGAAGUGCAUUUUGGGAGAAAAGUGUGGUCUAGUGAAGACAAGAAACAGUGUAUGCUCAAAAUGCAUCAUAUGAAUUGUUAUGUGUUGUAUUAUGUUGUAAUGGCAAGGUGAAUUCAAUCUUUUACAGAUUUUGGUUCUUCUAAAAUCUAGUAAGAUAAGCUGUAUAUGAUUAUAUUGAUGAAAAUUACAUUUUACAUCUUCAUCCCAGGUAGUCAAGUACUUAUUGCCUGCAUUUUGUUUGUGGCUGAAUAUUUUAAUCUUAAUUUUCUCAAUAUUUCUUCAGUUACCAUAACUUAGUGAUUGAAAAUUGUAAAGAAAGAUUAUGGCAAGAAAAUUUUCUUGAAAAGAUUCCUACAGUCUCUUCUAAGUAGAAGUGAGUCACUCCCAUUCAUUACACUGUUAUUCUCAAAAGCAAUGCAUCUGUAGUAAUUUACCCUUUGGAGUCUCCUUUUUUUUUUUUUUUAAAUUAGAAGCAGAAUUGGCAAUUUUUGUUGUAUCUCUUUAUUUACAUAUUUUAUGUACUUCAUAUUAUUAUUAUCAUUAUUAUUAUUAUUAUUAUUAUUAUUAUUAUUUUAAUUUAAUUUAUUUUUUAUUAUUAUUGUUAUUAUUAUCAUAAUUAUUACAGAUUGACUAUCACUAGUCCAGCAUCACUGGGAGCUGUAGAAUGCCAGAUUAAUGAUUUGCAUUAUCAAAGAGAGAUUAGAUUAGAAUACAGGGACAUGACCUCAUGAUAUUGAGUGCCAUUUGAAUUAGUUUUUUCCUUUUAUUAUUGAACUUUCUUGGUUUUAGGACCUGCCAUGAUUCCAGUGAAUCAAGAAAAUGCUUCUUGUUGUGUAGUGUGCACACACUAUCUAUCACUCAUAAAUGAUACAGUUAGCAACAAAAAUUUUUAAAAUUCUCAGUUGAUGAUAGAUUCUGCACAUUAUUGAACUAGUUUGAGCCAAUUGCAUGGGAGAAAGGGAACAGUGUUAGUACCUGGCCAAGACUGACAGUGAUCUUGGGCACAUACUCACAUUAACAAUUUAAGUACAGAAUUAACAGUUGAGUAACAAGAUGUUUUUCAUGUGUACACUCCCACAGAUAUGCUAUAUACCUUUCAUAUCACCUGCAAAGCUUUUGUGAAUUAUACAACACUGGCUUUUCAAUAGUUUAUGAUAAAGAAAUAGAAAAGAAUUUGCUCAGUUUCUUUGCCGUCAUUAUUGGCUGUACCAAUUCCAUUGCUAUCAGUCAGAAAUGAAGUAGUACAGAUAUUCUCCACUAUACGAUUCACCGUUAUGCAAUACAGUAUGGUCAUGAAUCUCAAUCAAUCUCACCUCAUUAUUUUGCACCUGGAUUGCACCAACAAGAACCCAGGAUUCACAUAUCUCAAUUAGAUUAUGUAAAACUUGAUCACUUGUUUUUUCAUCUGCUUACCUUAUAACAAACACGGAGCAUGGUAGUGUGGUUUUUAUCAUUUGUGCUCCCACUUUACGGCAGCUUGUGUUCCAAAACGUGCUCUGGGAGCUUCCGGAAGAUUACGGAAUGUUCCGCAGGGCACUACAGUGGAGUUAUGACGUCACUCAUGGCUUACAGAAGCUCACAGGUGAUAUGUGUACCCCUCCCGUGGGGGGACAAUGCUGAACUAUUGAUGGUCAACCUGUGUUCUGUUGAAUAAUACUCACUGCAUGAAUUUUGAAUGUAGCAUCAUAAGAGGAGAAAUGUAUUGGGUGUUUGGUUUUUAUUUAUUAAUUAAUUUAUUUCACUAGCCCUACAAGUGAAUAUUAUUUCACACUGCUCCUAAAUGAAAAAAAUAAAAUAAACAAAAUAAAAAAAUAAAAUAAACAAACUAUGUAUAUAUUUGCAUGUUUAGGGAGCAUUUGAUUCUGACAAAUGAUGUAUUUGUUGGCAACACAUUCUGGUCUCAGCUGUUGAAUAUUGUAAUGGUCUUUAUCUUUAUAAUGUGGAAUUAAAGGAUAUUGUGUAUAAUAAAUAAAGGUAACUUGUAAAUAAAAUUAACGCAUCAUUAUGGCAAAAUUAAGAUAAUUUAACUAACUGACACUUGCAACUGCAUUCUGAAGUUAAGAUUUACUUGGCUUAAAGCUUAUAAACCAGUAUGGAAAAAAGCAUAUAUAUUUAUGUGAAAAUAAUUUAACAAAAUGG